GGCUCUUCUUCUACGCUUCGUUCGUCUCGCGAAUUUCGGCGGUGUGUGUGUGCGUGUGUGGAGCCUUUUCCACGUUUUUUCCUCCGGAAAAGAGAUUUGCAAUUGGGCCCCCACAUUGGAGCCACUUGUGCGGCGAGCAUCGAUCGAGCACGAAAACCAGGCAGAGCAGCGGGUGCACAGUGGGCGCAAGGUGACCGCCAGAGGACGACGACGACGAGAGCAGCAGAAAGACCGGCGAAACGUGGAAGCAGGCAGAAGUUGCGAAAAUGGAGGCACAAAAACUCACGGAACUGUUGCGCGCAACUAUUGAUCCGAAUCCGGAGCAGCGCAAGGCGGCCGAGGAUCAACUGGCCCAGAUACACAAAAUCAUUGGAUUCGUGCCGACCAUACUGCAGAUCGUGAUGCAGACAACGGUGGAACAGCCGGUGCGCCAGGCAGGAGCUGUCUACCUCAAGAAUCUGAUCAACAGCAGCUGGUCGGAUCACGAGGCCAAGCCCGGGGAGCCCAUACCCUUCUCCAUUCACGAGCAGGAUCGGGCCAUGAUCCGUGGCGCCAUCGUGGACGCCAUUGUCCAUGCUCCCGAGCUAAUCAGGGUCCAGCUGUCCGUCUGCGUGAAUCACAUCAUUAAGAGCGACUUCCCCGGCCGCUGGCCACAGGUGGUGGACAACAUCAGCAUCUAUCUGCAGAACCAGGAUGUCAACGGCUGGAACGGAGCUCUGGUGACCAUGUACCAGCUGGUCAAGACCUACGAGUACAAGCGCAGCGAGGAGCGAACGCCGCUGAACGAGGCCAUGAACCUGCUACUGCCCAUGAUCUACCAGCUGAUGGUGCGUCUGCUGGCCGAGCAGUCCGAGCAAUCGGUGCUGCUGCAGAAGCAGAUCCUCAAGAUCUACUAUGCCCUCACGCAAUACAGCCUGCCGCUGGACCUCAUCACCAAGGAGAUUUUCUCGCAAUGGAUGGAGAUUUGCCGCCAGGUGGCCGAUCGCGACGUGCCCGACAGCUCGCACCUGGACGAUGACGAGCGAACGGAGUUCCCCUACUGGAAGACCAAGAAGUGGGCCCUCCACAUCAUGGUUCGCAUGUUCGAGCGUUAUGGCAGUCCUAGCAAUGUGGUUAGUGAGAAAUACCAAAAAUUCGCCGAGUGGUAUUUGCCCACGUUCAGCCAGGGCGUCCUGGAGGUGCUUCUCAAGAUCCUGGACCAGUACCGCAACCGCGUCUACGUCUCGCCGCGUGUCCUCACUGACGUGCUCAACUAUCUGAAGAAUGCGGUUAGCCACGCCUACACCUGGAAGCUAAUCAAGCCCCACAUGGUGGCCGUCAUCCAGGAUGUUAUCUUUCCCAUCAUGUCGUUCACUGACUCCGACCAGGAGCUCUGGGAGAGCGAUCCCUACGAGUACAUUCGCUUGAAGUUUGAUAUCUUUGAGGAUUACGCCACCCCUGUACCGGCUGCCCAAUCCCUGCUGCAUUCCAUCUGCAAAAAGCGCAAGGGCGUCCUGCCCAAGGCCAUGGCCACUAUUAUGCAGAUAAUUACAUCUCCGAAUGCAGACAACAAGCAGAAGGAUGGUGCAUUGCACAUGAUUGGAACGCUGGCGGACGUGCUGCUCAAGAAGGCUCUGUACCGCGAUCAGGUGGAGUCUAUGCUGACCACCUAUGUGUUCCCAGAAUUCCAAAAUCCCGCUGGACACAUGAGGGCACGUGCCUGCUGGGUGCUGCACUACUUCUGUGACGUCCAGAUCAAGAAUCCCCAAGUGCUGGCCGAGAUUAUGCGUCUGACCACAAAUGCUCUGCUUACGGACAAGGAGUUGCCCGUCAAAGUGGAGGCGGCCAUUGGUCUGCAGAUGUUCCUAUCGUCCCAGGACGAGGCGCCGCAAUACGUGGAGGGGCAGAUCAAGGAGAUCACCAAGGAGCUGCUUACCAUCAUCCGCGAGACGGAGAACGAGGACCUGACGAACGUUAUGCAAAAGAUCGUGUGCACCUUCACCGAGCAGUUGCUGCCGGUGGCCACCGAGAUCUGCCAGCACCUGGCCACCACCUUCAGCCAGGUCCUGGAGUCCGAGGAGGGAUCCGACGAGAAGGCCAUCACAGCCAUGAGUCUGCUCAACACUAUUGAGACUCUGCUCAGUGUGAUGGAGGAGCACCCCGAUGUCCUGCUCAACCUGCACCCGAUCGUUAUCAAUGUGGUCGGACACAUUUUCCAGCACAACAUCACCGACUUUUAUGAGGAAACCUUCUCGCUGGUCUACGAUCUGACGGCCAAGGCGAUUUCUCCCGAGAUGUGGCAGAUGCUGGAGCUGAUCUACCAGGUGUUCAAGAAGGACGGCAUCGACUACUUUAUCGACAUUAUGCCUGCGCUGCAUAACUAUGUGACUGUCGACACGCCCGCCUUCCUAUCCAAUCCCAACAGACUGUUGGCCAUUCUGGACAUGUGCAAGACGAUGCUUACUGGCAGUCCAGGUGAAGAUCCCGAGUGCCAUGCCGCCAAACUGAUGGAGGUGAUCAUCCUACAGUGCAAGGGACAGAUCGACUCAGUGAUACACAUGUUCGUGGAGCUGGCUCUGUCCAGGCUUACUCGCGAAGUUCAGUCCUCGGAGCUGCGCACCAUGUGCCUGCAGGUGGUGAUCGCAGCCCUCUACUAUAAUCCCCAGUUGCUGCUGUCCAUUCUGGACAAGAUGUCCCAGCAGAACAACGAGUCCAUCAGCGCGCACUUCAUCAAGCAGUGGCUCCACGACACGGACUGUUUCCUAGGCAUCCACGAUCGCAAACUGUGCGUCUUGGGUCUGUGCACCCUCAUCUCGUUGGGUGAAGCCAAGCCGCAGGUGCUGAGCGAGGUGGCCGGCAAGAUUGUGCCCGCCCUUAUUCUGCUUUUCGAUGGCCUAAAGCGCGCCUAUGAGUCGCGGGCUCAGGAGGAGGAGGAAGAAGAGGAGGAGGAGGACUGUGACGAUUGUGAGGAGGCUCUGUCCAGUGACGAGGAUGAUAUGGACGAAAUGGCGCCCGACUAUUUGGACAAGUUGGCCGAAUUUGCCAAAACGAAGGGCGGUGAGGCGGGCUUUGAGGUAAAAGCCGAGAUCAAGGACGAGGAUGCGGAUUCGGACGGCGAGGCUGAGGAGUCUGUGGGUGAUCUGAACGAGACUGGGCUGGAGUCCUUCACCACGCCCAUCGACGAUGAGGAGAACGAGAGCGCCAUCGAUGAGUACUGGACGUUUAAGGAAGUUAUCACAGCACUUUCUGCACAAGACCAAGCCUGGUAUGCGCUGCUGACCUCCAACCUCACACCUGAACAGGCCAAGGCGCUGCAAGAGGUGGUGGUGACCGCCGAUCAGCGCAAGGCCGCCAAGGAAUCGAAGCUGAUCGAGAAACAGGGCGGCUUCGCCUUCCCACAGACCGCCGUGCCCACGUCCUUCAAGUUCGGCUCCUAAUUAACUGAAUUGACCAGAUCACCAGAGACUUGGUUCGAUUUCUGACUUGAUUGUUUCUCAUAUUCUUUCCAAAAAAUAACAAAAACAUCAAACAAACACAUCUGGCAUGCUGAUGAUGGCUUUAAAGGCAUUCUCUUGGUUUUCGUACACUCCGUGUACCCAUGCACGCUGCGUCGAUCGGUAGAUUAUUCGGAUCCAUCAAUCGGGCGGCGUGAAGACCGCGCUAUAUUUAUUGUAGAUUUAUAUUUUACUUCCUAUUUCUUGGCCAUGGCGGCCAACUAAAUUAUGUAUCUUAAGUCGAAAGUCCAUUGUAAAUCUUUGUAUGUAAACAAAACGAAACGAAAAACAAACACGUCGAGGACGAGAAGGUCUCAUCAAAUGAGAUUGUGCCCACCAGCACGCCCCGCAGAACUCCAAAAAAGAUGGCAUCUAGGUCAGGAAAAUGAGAAUUCAACGCAGAGCAUUUCACAUACAUUUUCUUUACACACACAUACACGUAUAUUCUGUACUAAAUGAAGCGAUAUUUUUGAAAAAUAAACAAAAAAACAUUUUUAA